AUGGAAACCGUGGAGGCCAACUGUGUGAUUUUUUUCUCCUCGGAGGAGGUGCGGUGCUACCACUGCAGAGAGCUGGGGCACCAAAAUAAGAGGUGCCCCAAGCUGAAGCAGAGUGCAAACCCAUCCACGCCGGCACCGCACACCUCUGAGUCAUCUCCCCCUCAGGGCCCUCAAACAGAAAAUCUUCUCUUUCUAAUGCAGUCUGCUGUGAUGGGGGAGAGGGGGCUGCUCAUCCUUCUGCUUGCAGGGUUUUGUGUGCCUGCGUACAACCAGAUCAGAAAACACGUGUUUGUGAAAACUGUGAAGAGCUGGUCUGAAGCUCAGAGGUACUGUAGGGAGAAUCACACAGACCUGGCCACUGUGCGCAGCCAGGAAGAUGCAAAGCAGCUCUUAAAUAUUACAGGAGCUUCUCUCUGGGGUUCCUGGAUCGGGCUGUAUCGUGAUGACACACAGAACUGGCAGUGGUCUAACAGCGAUGAUGUCAUCUACUCCAACUGGAGGGCAGACCUCUUCUGUGCUUCAGUCAAUUCAGACGGAAAGUGGACUGAUUUACCCUGCCACCUUCAGGAAGCCUUCAUGUGCUACAAAGAGACCAGCAACAUAACUGAGAGAUACACCCUGAUUGAAGAACUGAAAACCUGGACUGAAGCUCAGCAGUACUGUAGAGAACACCACACCGACCUCGUCAGUAUAAAGAACGCCAGUGAAAAUGAAGACCUAGUGAAGAAAGCGCAGGGCAAGCCCUUCUGGAUAGGCCUGUUCAAUGAGCCCUGGAAGUGGUCACACCAGGGGGAUAGCUACACAUUUCACAACUGGGACAAUGGGCAACCAGACAAUAGGGGAGGCGAUCAGAACUGUGUGUUGAUGAGUAAGAGUGGAGGAUGGAUUGACUAUGAUUGCAACGAUCAGAACUCCUUCUUCUGCUGUGAGGGCGGCUCCUCUGGUCAGUGUUUCUAUGGAGGAACUGGGAAGACAUGGCAGGAAGCUCAGAGCUACUGCAGAAACCAAGGCAGAGACCUGCCCAGCAUUCAAGACCAGGCCAGGUUUAAUGAGUUUAUAGGUCUUAUAUCUUCAGUUAGUAACUGGUAUUGGAUCGGGCUGUAUCAUGACAAAGAGAACUGGCAGUGGUCCAGUGGUGGUGAUGUCAUCUACUCUAACUGGGAACCAUACCUCUUCUGUGCUACAGUCAAUUCAGAGGGACAGUGGGAGGAUUCACUCUGCAGUCAGGGAAACUAUUUCAUGUGUUACAGCGAGACCAGCAACAUCACUGAGAGAUACACCCUGAUUGAAGAACUGAAAACUUGGACUGAAGCUCAGCAGUACUGUAGAGAACACCACACCGACCUCGUCAGUAUAAAGAACGCCAGUGAAAAUGAAGAAAUAGUGAAGAAAGCGCAGGGCAAGCCCUUCUGGAUAGGCCUGUUCAAUGAGCCCUGGAAGUGGUCACACCAGGGGGAUAACUACACAUUUCACAGCUGGAGCAAAGGGGAACCAGACAAUAGGGGAGGGGAUGAGAACUGUGUGUUGAUGAGUAAGACUGGUGAAUGGAAUGACACUGGCUGCAAUUAUCAGAAAUCCUUCUUCUGCUGUGAGGGUACCAGCACCCCACCUGAGCCCUGA